UUUCAGUUUUGGAUCAAGUUACAUUUUUCAAAUAUUUUAGGUUUAAUAUUAUUUUUUGGUGCAUCACAGCAACAUCUACUAUUAAAAUGGAGUUCUCUGAAAGUGAAGUUUUAACGUGAUCGAAAUUGGUUAUGGGAAACAAAAAAACAAUACCUGCUCCAGACAAUACAACUCCAGCAAGUACACCACCUGAGAAUACUGAUCCUAAAAGCAGUGCUCCUGCAAAUACUGCUCCAGAAAGUACUCAGCAACAUUCAUUAUUGAAGUCUCGUCGAAGAAAAGUAAAGAGACGCUUGAAGUUUGCGCGGGCUUUGAACAUUUUAGUGAUAGACCCGAGGGAGUACUGCUGGACCGUCUGGUAUGCCGUAGGCCUGGGCUUGGUGCACGUGUCCAUUGGAGCUGUGAAUAUGGUAGCUCUGGCAUAUUCAGGGCACACCGGAGACUCUCAUGCUAUUCUUUGUACUGUUGGGUACCACUUCUUCACCGCCGAAGCGAUCCUCAGCAUGAACUACGCCAACGGCUGGUCGCUGCCGCUGAAGCCGCGCCACCGGAGGUGCGCGCACAUCUUCCUGCAAGUGUGCGGCGUGACCUGCGCCGUGGCUGGUACUGCGCUUGUUCUUAUUUCGAGGGGUUACGUCAAAGGUCAGCCGCACGGAAUAACGGGGCUAAUAACGCUAACAUUAGCAGGACUCAGUGUGAUCUUUGGGCCCUUCAAUUUCCUGUCAAGGCAGAAUCGUUUCAGUCCGUUCUUCAAAAUUGUUCACAUGGGCGUUGGGAUGCCCACCUUCUUCAUGUCUUCAAUCAGCCUGUGUCUAGGGUUUCUCACCAGCGAAUUCAAGAGCUGGGCAGCCUCUGUCGUCGUUUAUGUGUUGACAGCCUUUGUAGUGUUCUACACCGCGUUCAUCUUAGCUAACGUGUUCAUCAAGUGUAUGUCACGCAUUUAGGAUUAGGGAAGGUGUUUGUAAUAAAUCAGUUAUCAUUUU